AUUUCGAAGCAUGUUUGGUUUAUUUUCUUAAUUACAUUCUGAUGUGCGUCGAUGGGACUGAAAAUGGUAUUGCACAAAAAUGUUCGUUUGGAAUUUUUUACCACAAAUUGGGAACUAAUUAUGAGCGCCUUCACAAAUUUUGUCUCAAAAUCCCUUCGGUUCUUAACAUUUGUUCACUUUCAAUAAAUUUUAAUAAGAUUCAUUUGCAUUGAAAUUUAGUUUGACAUGGCGUCACUCAAAUGGAAAGAGGAAUUUGACAAAAUGCUCGUUUCAUUGGAUCGUAAAACGACACUAACGUUGCGAUUGAUCGAGGCUGAUUUUAACAGCGAAGGCAAAGCUUUGCCUGAAGGAUUCAAAGAACAUUUCUUGGGUGCUACAAGCGAACGCAUAAAGCGCAGUUAUGAACAGUACGAGAUGAGUCCACGGGCAAAUGUAUCACGGUUAAACAUCGCUGGGUCAUUAAAUAUGGAUUUGGAUCAAGCAACGAUGGAAAAUGCGAUCAAUAUCAUAAAAAUCGAUGUUCAAACUGUUGAUGAAAGUGAAAACGAUGAAGAAGAAAAGGUCGACGAGGUCCACCCAAACACGAUGACACGGAUGAUGAAUCAAGAUAUUGGUGGCCCAGAUCCAGGUGAUCCACAAAGCGUGCGGCAACAGAUCGAAAUGAUUUGGCCGGCAGCAACAGCCACGGCAGGCAACAGCCAGUCAGUGCCAACAGGUACGGUGCAAAAUGCACAAAAUACGGUACAGCCAAAACAGUUCAAGUGUCAGAUUUGUGACUAUGUUAGUCGCUGGAAACAUUGUGUUACCAGACAUAUGCGGUGCAUUCACCAAAGUCGUACAUGCGAAAUUUGUAAUAAACAAGUUGCGAAUGCCAAACUAUUGAAAAAGCACAUGAAGACCCAUACUACCACUAUAAACGUCAGCGAUCAACAUCAACAGAGACACUAUAGCACAUAGCAUUAAACGCACUAUUGCUUCACUCUUUGUACACACUUUGACAUCACUUAUGCUUUGGCGCGCGUCGUACGUUUUUCAAACGUUUAUGUUUGAUUCAAGUAUUUCACCGAUUUCACCGAAUUUUCUUACUCAA